AUGAAACGAGUUUGCGCACUGGGUUUUAUCUUCCUGGAUGUCGUUGGCCAAGGGGCAGGAGCCGCCAUGCCAGGAUGUGUGGUUGACUGCCCUAGAAGCAUGGCGUUGGGAUGCGGUUCUGAAGAUAUUUAUUGUUUAUGCUCAGCUUCCAAGCGCAAAGAGCUUAUCGCUGAACUCUCAUCCUGCAUCAAGAAAGGAUGUAAACCGGACGAAGUCGUUUCAGCUGAAGAUUCAUAUGGUCCUCUGUAUGUUAGAGCCGAGGGACCUAAGAUCGGUCCGGAAGGGCCGAGUUCUACAACCGCGGGUGCCAAUGCACCUGCCAACGCCGCUGGCCAAGGAGCGCCGGCAGUAGAAUCAUCAGCCACGGCAAAAGAAGUGAUGGAGGCUUCGUCAAUCGAGGCGUUUAUAUCGACCGCGGAGGUUAUGUCGACCAAGGAGGUUAUAUCAACCGAGGAGGUUAUAUCGACCGAGGUUAUAUCGACCGAGGAGGUUAUGUCGACCGAGGAGGUUAUACCGACCGAGGAGGUUGUUUCGACCGAGGAGGUUAAAACGACCAAGGAGGUUAAAACGACCAAGGAGGUUGUAACGACCGAGGAGGUUAUGUCUACGGAGGAGGUUAUGCCGACCGAAGUGUAUUCGCAGGACGUAGGAACUACGUCGACUGACGACACCGCCACAUCGACCUCAACCGACCCUGUGAAAGCUGGGGUAGUGGCUUCAGCAUCAACGGCGAGAGCUGUGUCAGAAACGACUGCUUCAACGAGCACCGAAAGCUCAACAGCCUCAAGUACAUCAACGGAGGGAGAACAAGCCACUGACACGGUACUACCUGCUAGUGAUAAAUACUACCCCAGAGGAGGAUUAAGUGCUGGGGCCAAGGCAGGUAUUGGAGUGGGUGUAGCCUUGGGUGUUAUAGGGCUCGGCUGUCUUGUCGCGGCGAUCUGGCUUAAUAGACGGAAGAGGGCCGCUACCGGUGCAUCAGGAAUGGGUGCGACACAUGCCCAAUCAGUGAAGUCGCCAAAUCCUUUCAGUUGGCAGGUCGAGGUGGCAGAGAUUGACGGACGACCAGCUCCCCAAGAGAUGCCUGCUUGA